AUGUCCUGGGCCGCGCUCCUCGGCCUCCUGGCCGCGCUGCUGCUGCUGCUGCUGCUGCUGACCCGCCGGCGCACGCGGCGACCCGGUGAGCCUCCCCUGGACCGGGGCAGAAUUCCCUGGUUGGGACAUGCCUUGGAGUUUGGAAAAGAUGCUGCCAGCUUCCUCAUGAGGAUGAAGGAGAAGCAUGGUGACAUCUUUACUGUGCUGGUGGGAGGCAGAUAUGUCACCGUCCUCCUGGACCCGCACUCCUAUGACACAGUGGUAUGGGAGCCUCGUACCAGGCUAGACUUCCACACUUAUGCCGUCUUCCUCAUGGAGAGGAUUUUCGAUGUGCAGCUUCCGCAUUACAACCCCAACGACGAAAAGGCCAGAAUGAAACCGACUCUCCUUCACAAAGACCUCCAGGCACUCACAGAGGCGAUGUAUACCAACCUCCGCACUGUCCUACUGGGCGAUGCCACGGAAGCGGGCAGUGGCUGGCACGAGAUGGGUCUCCUGGAUUUCUCCUACAGCUUCAUGCUCAGAGCUGGCUACCUGACCCUGUAUGGAGUUGAGACACUACCACACACCCAUCAGAGCCAGGCUCAGGACCGCGUCCACUCGGCCGACAUCUUCCAGACCUUCCGCCAGCUCGACUUGCUGCUUCCCAAACUGGCACGUGGCUCCCUGUCAGCGGGAGAUAAGGACCGCGUGUGCAAGGUCAAAGGUCGCCUGUGGCAGCUGCUAUCCCCCGCCAGGCUGGCCACCCGGGCCCACCGGAGCAGCUGGCUGGAGAGUUACCUGCGGCACCUGGAUGAGAUGGGCGUGUCAGAGGAGAUGCAGGCGCGGGCCCUGGUGCUGCAGCUCUGGGCCACACAGGGAAAUAUGGGUCCUGCUGCCUUCUGGCUCCUGCUCUUCCUGCUCAAGCACCCUGACGCCCUGGCCGCGGUCCGCUCAGAGCUCGAGCUCGUCCUCGGGCAGGUGGAGCAGCCUGUCUCACAGAUGACUUCCCUGCCUCAGAAGGUUUUAGACAGCAUGCCUGUGCUCGACAGUGCACUGAGUGAGAGCCUCCGGCUCACAGCCGCGCCCUUCAUCACCCGCGAAGUUGUGAUGGACAUGGCCGUGCCCAUGGCAGAUGGGCGGGAAUUCACCCUGCGAUGUGGCGACCGCCUCCUCCUCUUCCCCUUCCUGAGUCCCCAGAAGGACCCGGAAAUCUAUACAGACCCAGAGGUUUUUAAAUACAACCGAUUCUUGAACCCCGAUGGAUCAGAGAAGAAAGACUUCUACAAGGACGGGAAACGGCUGAAGAACUACAGCAUGCCGUGGGGAGCGGGGCACAAUCAGUGCCUGGGGAGGAGCUACGCCGUCAACAGCAUCAAACAAUUUGUGUUCCUGGUGCUGAUGCACUUUGACCUGGAGCUGAGCAGCCCAGAGGUGGAGAUCCCUGAAUUUGACUUCAGCAGGUACGGCUUUGGUCUGAUGCAGCCAGAACUUGAUGUGCCCGUCCGUUACCGUGUUCGGCCGUGAGAUCCAGGAGCAGCCGGGGACUCACACACUCGCCUUCACCCAGCCUGUCCCCCAGCCUCCCACCUUUCUGUGUCUGCAUUUGGCCCAGGUGCAAAGCUUUGAACGCCCACCUUCCUGCCGUUUUCCCUAGAAGGCUACAUCCAGGGCAGGGGAAAGAGGGGAAGCUGAGAGAAGGCAAAUGAACAGAAGACACUGAAAGAUCUAUGGAUUAUCUGCUGCAAAGUUUUAGUUCCAAAAGCAGACUUUUUCAGCUCUCAGCUCAUCUCAUUCCUCUCACCUUAUGAUACCCACAAAAGCUAGUGCAAAAAAAAAGUGCUUUUAUCAAUUGUAGCAAUUGUUCCACACCAAAGCAAGAUGUUAAUAAUUGGAUGGUAUAUGGGAAUCCUGUAUUUUAUGCAUGAUGGUUCUGUAAACCCGCAACUUCUCUAAAAACAACAACAACAAAAAAAAACCUAGUGCAGACAGGGAAAGUCCAUGAGACUUCACGGUUGUGUCUCCAGCUGCUGAGGGGUAACCUUCCAAGUACUUAUCAAGUGCUAUAUUCUGGGCCUUAAACAAUCAAAACAAGCUGGCCAUUAAAAAGCCACUUCGGCUUUGAAUCCGUUGAAAUCAGCUUGUCCCCCAAUGUAUUAUUAAACUAGCUAAAGCCAAAGGAGAUCCCCUAGAAUAUCUGCUUCCUUGGAAGCUCCAUCCCCUGGACACUCCUGUCUCGUCUGUUCACACUGAUCCUUGAGAAGGAGGGUUUUCCCGGGGCUAGCGCACCCAGGUUGCAGAACAGGGGCAUCCUUGGAGCAUGGGGCUCUAAGGAGUAUCGUUCUCUGUCCUAGACUUAUGGGCUCCAGAUGGCAUGGGCUUUCCAAGACUCAGAGAGGGAACUGAGGUAGACACACCCCGAAGGAAGGGCUGGAGGGAACCAGCCAGGGAUCCUUAGACUGGUCAAGCCAGAAAGAGAGGAGGUGUUGAUUUCAUGCAUUCUGGCUCUGAAGCUCCAACUGUGGGCAUGAUUCAGCCUGCUGAUGUGAUUUUUUUGGCCUCCACUUAAAAAAGAAUUAAAUGUUGCUAUCGUAUAAUCUUUGGGAGAGUUGAUUCAAAAUGUCCAGUUUCUCUUGGAAACUUGGAAGAUCUGGCCACCACUGGGCCCACAUUCCCAAGGGCAACCAUUGGCCAGAGCUGAGUAGCAGCCACCACCACCCCCCUUAUAUGGAGCAUGUGCUCGGGGGUUCAUCAGGGUUUCAAUUUGGUCUGCUUCUCCAUUCACAGUACCUCCUGGCCCCUGAAGGCUUUCAGGGUUGAGACCUCUGUUCUAACUCUCAGAAGUGACUGUAGGAGGUGAGUGAGAACCAGAUCCUCAGACAAUUGUCCCUCCCAUUCAGGGUGUGCCACCCUUUAAACAAACAGAUCAGUGAGGCCUUUGCCUCAGCUUUAAGGGGGAAAAAAAUAUGAAAAAGAAAAAUUCCUGGGAACCUUUUUAUGAUGGUAAAUAUGAUUAUUAAUUUUAACUCCUGUUUAUUGAGUACCCUCUAAAUGUCUGUAACAGCAUUGUAGAAAUCGUAUUUCUACUCAAGGCAGCUCUAUGAAGAGAGGAUGGUUCUGUCUUCUUGACAGAUGAGGUGAAGUGACUCGCCCAGGGUCCCACAACUUGUAAGCUAGUAGAGCUGGAAAACAAGCAAAUGCUAGAUGGACAGCUCUCCAUUCCUUGGGCUCAAGAGAGUGGCAGUGGAGCAGUUCUGUUUGGAAGGUGGACAGGGCCAGAGGCAUCCACGUGUGGAUGCAUCCAAUGAAACAGACAGACAGACAGACACAUACACACGCACACACACACACACACAAAACUAGGCCCCUCCAGAGUAACUGGAGGGAGAGGAGAGGACUCAAGACCUCCCAAUGUUCCAGGGGCUGGCUGGUCUCUCCUCGGAGCAGUGCCAGGAUUCCCAGACACACUGUGAUUGGCAGGAGGCGGGAUAUCCCCAGGGAAACCCUUCUUUACGCCCGGGUGACCCCUCGCCGCCGCCAGCUUCUUAACUCUGCAGGAAACCAGGGCUGACAGCCUUGCGUGGGAGGAUGGAGCCGGUUUCCAUGGCAACGCUUAGCUGCCUCAUCCCUUGCUUGGAAGGGAAGGAAGAAGGCUAGCAGAAAUAGCUGCAGGAAGAUUUCUGUGUGCGUGGCUGCAACCCUGGCAUGCUGGGGGAAAGCCCUUUGUGACUUCCUCCCUUCCAAAUCGGGGCUGGUUUGUCACUGAGACUAGAUCCUCACCAAUGUUCAAAAAAAGGGGUCAGUUCCUUUUAAAAGUGGCAUCUCCUUGGAGCCCUGAUCAUUAGGGAAUUACUCAAGGAAGAGGUGAUUCUCCCACCAGGCAGUUCCAGCUGGUACCCAAGUACAGUUUUGGAGACAAUGAUUGAAACCCCUCUUUGUUUUAAUCUUUAUUAUUUUUCUUCUUUCUUUCUUCUUAGUAAAAUAUAAGCUAUAGAGAAAAGAGGGAGUGAUGAGUAAGUUAGCUACUUGUUACAGAUUAGUUAGGAAGGUGCUUAGAUGUCACUGCAUGUCUUCAAACCUUGCUCUAGAAUCACAAAAUUGCAGGACCUCUGUUAGAAAACAGGUUGACCUAAUGAAGUGUUUCUUUACCAUCGUCAUUUUUGCUCUAUUUGCUGUAUUUUGUAUUUUGUUUACCAAACGUUUUCCUUUUGAACAGACUCACUUUUUAAACUUAAAAUAAAUUUGUUUAAAAAAGGGAAAUUUUUCGAUUGCUGCUGGUAAUGAAUAGCAUGUAUCACUCGCUGCCAAAAAUAGAAAGCAACUGUGAAAAAUAAGUUUUCUGAGGAGGGGGCUGCAUGCUGGUGCUGCCAAGGGGUCUGAGCUGAGGUCUGGGGGGCCUCUCCUCUGUUACAAAAUGAGACCAGUAAGAAUUAGAGCAGUGCUAAGCCUGAGCCUUUCUUCUCGACAUAAUCAGAGGAGGUGAAAGGGACAGGGAAAAGAGGACGGUGCUGACCACUGCGGUCACCCAUACACUGCCUGGUCUGUUACGGGUGACUGUUGACUUCCGGGUUAUCUCCUACCACCCACGGUCCCCCACCCACAGUGAGCUGAUGAUGUCCUACCCUGCCCAUUUCCAAAUGGAGAAACAGGCUAAGAGAGUUGAAAUAUCUUGCCCAAAGUCAUUAGUUUUUAUGUUUUUUUUUAAAAUAUAAACAGUUUUUCACAAGCAGCAGUGAUUGUUAUGCCUUGCUGUCUUACUAGAGUUCUAUUUUCUUAUAAAUUGUUGAGUGGAAACAUGCUAAAAAGUAUAUUAAACCAUCUUUGUUUGUGGAACUGCCUCUGAGUGUGAUCCAGAUCAAUAGUGUCCAGAUUUUGCUGUGAAUGACAGCUAUCUAAAAGUAACAGUUACUUAAACAUAGCAGACAUUUCUUUCUCUCUCAUGCAGAUAUACAAGAACAGAGUUUAUGUGGUAUCUCCAUAGUCAGCACGUCCCCUACUUCUGGUUCCCCUACUGUCUGUAACUGGUGGGUUCCAUCUCAUGGUCCAAUAUAGCUGCAGAAGCUCCAACCAUUUUAUCCACAUUCCAGCCAGCAGGAAGGAGGAAGGAGCAUAGAAGUGAACAUCAUCCGCAGCUUCCAUUGCAUUAAUCAGAACUUACUUACAUGGCACUCCUUGCUAUAUAGGAGACUGGGGAAAUCUUCUCCCAGUAGGCCAGUGAAGGGGCACAUACCCCAGUUUGAAAAGCACUGAGUUGUGCUAUCCAGCUUACCAGUAACGGUUUAAGCCAUAUAAUAUGCCAGAGGGACAGCAUUUGGCCUCCCCCGAACCAUUGACUUUAGCCCACAUACAGUUUGGUCUCAUUUUUGUUUUGUUUUGUUUUGUUUUUUAAAUCUACUCUGAGUCUCUGUCUUUUAAUUGGUGUAUUUAGACCAUUCACAUUUAAAGUGGUUAUUGGUAUAGUUGAAUUAAUAUCUACCAUAUUUGUAACUGUUUUCUAUUCAUUGCCCUUUGCCUUCCAUUAUUUUUCUUGCUUCUCUGGUUUUUAUCAUUUUAAAUGAUUCCAUUUUCUCUCCUCUCUUAGUAUAUCAAUUAUACUUGUAGAAAUGUUUCAGUGGUUGCCCUGGAGUUUGCAGUAUACAUUUACAGCUAAUCUAAGUCCACUUUCAAAUAAUACUGUACUACAUUACAGGUAAUACGGUACCUUAUAACAGAGAAUUCCCAAUUCUCCCCUCCGUCCCUUAUAGCAUUGCUGUCAUUCAUUUUAUUUAUCCAUAAGCUGUAAUUGUCCAAUAUAUUGUUGCUGUUAUUAUUUUGAAUAAACUGUUAUCUGGUAGAUCAAUUAAGAAUAAGAAAAA